UUCCACAACCAAACAUUUGACGCACAAUGUCAAAAUUUAUCUUUUCUCUGCAAAUCAUCUUUUAGUUUUUCGGAGCUCUCAUUGAACCUCCAUAGGAGUAGAGUAACUUAGAUUGUUCCCAAAAACCAUCAAACACCCUCGUUCAAACAUUGUUCGGAGAGGAGUGAACCGUGUUAUUAAUCGUUGUUCAAGAAGUCAAGAUGUAAAUCAUUGUGUUCAAACACAAGUUUUUCCUCGCCGGAAAACAAAUUGGCACACCUGGUGGGACUAUUGUGUUUGAUUUGAUGGCUCCACGACUGAGAGAACAAGAAGGUGAUCUUUCACCUAGGUUUGUGAUGGAUCUAGGCGCCAAGUUUGAACUUGGCCAACAAGCAAAAGGUUUUGUCGGAAACAAUGGCAUGAUUGAGAUAUUGCCACCGGCGGAACCUUGUGCCGAUGUAACCACCACUGCCAUGUCACUCCGCUCAAUAGUGGAUGAUAACUGCAAGAUGGUGGUGGAGAACCGUCAAGUGAUGGUGGAGAUCCGUCGAUUGAUGGAAGAGAGUUUGAAUGGACUUGUUAGAAGUUCACAACAGACAAGUCUAAAACUUGCUUCUUUUAGUUCUAUGUUAGAUAGACGUUUGGAUGAAUUGCUUGAAGCAACUACAGGAAAUACAAAUUGCUUGGAUAAGCUUAAAAAAUAUUUUAUAGAACCAGUGGUGCGAGAAAUUUCUUUACCAAAAAAUGGUAUAGAUCCGCCACCAAGUAUUGCUACUGAGUAUACAAGUAUCCUGCUCUCCGGUGGCCGGACUACCCAGCCACGGUCAGGGAACUUACCGCCUCCGGAAAUGAGUCAACCACCUCUUCAACAAGGCGGUUAUGACAAGAAUAUUACUAACUCAUUCACCACCCAUGUAAAGCAACCGCCGCCUGUGCAUACAGUUAUUCUAAAAACUGUCUCAGAGGCUAGACCAUUCUUGAACAUGAGAGUUGGUGGAGGGUCACUAGCUAUGGAUGUGCUACCACAAGUUUGCCUACCCUCGUUGCCAUUGAUGCUUAAGCGUUCUGGUGGAUGCAAACCACCAGGGGGGCAGGAAGAGGUGCAUGGAAGCCUACCACCUGACAAGUUGAAGAUGAAGAGUCAGGUUGGGGGGCAAGUUGAUGUCAAGAAAGGUGAACAAAAUGGUGUGUCCAACAAAACACCAUAUUUGUUUCCUAAGGAUGGCAUGGGGGGCAUAUCUCCAUCUCCAUGCAGUGGGCAGGGGGCCAUGUCAUCAGACAUGAAGGAUGGAUUGAGUGGCAAGUCUAAGUGGGUGUUGCCUACCCAUACCACCUAUGAUUUUCAUAACUUUGACAACGUGUCAAAGAGUGCACAAGGAGGCAAGGCCCCUUGUAGCAUGCCACCCAUGAAGGGUCGACAAGGGGGCAUAUCAUCAACCAUAAACAAUAGAAAGAUACAUAUGCCCAAGAAGCCACAACAAACCCAAGCCACACAUGCUUGUAGUAAGAAUGGUAGUGUAGUUGAGUUUGGCAAAGGAGGCACGUCAAAAACCAUGAACAAGGCUAUGGGGGGCAUGUCUCCAACCAGUGGAAAGGGGGGCAUGUCACCGACAGUGAAGAAACGAGUGGAGAACAAGUCUAGGAGUGUUCAUCACACCCAACCCACUCAAAAAAUUUCUAAGUAUGAGAUGGUGAUAAGGGAUGGACGAGGAAGCAAGUCCAUGCCUAAAGCCCCCCAUUGCAUGCCAAACAUGAAUGGCAAACAAGAAGGCACGAAUAAGACAUCUCGGCAUACAAUAACCAAACAUGGUCAUACAAAGAACCAAAAUUCAUUAUGUGCUACGUGUAGAAGUCAGCAUGGCGUAAGGGUUGAACAGGGCCAUGUUGGCCACAAGGAUGGUCAUCGAUUCCUUGAGUCCAACCAUUCCUCUUCCCAGCUAUACGGGAUGAACAAGCAUGGUUGUGGUGAACCAAAGAAUAUAAAAACUCGUGGUCUCUUUCAUGAGCCCAAUGAGUUAAGAAUACCUAGAGUAUCACGAGAAACGAGACAAGCAUAUAAGGUUCAACAUCAACCCAACAUGUCUAGUAAGGUGGCUAAGGCAGAGGAUCGUGAGACCACCUACAAGGACACCAAGGCAAGACAAGUGGACCGAGCACAAUCCAUGGUUGAGUUGGGAAAUUCAAAACCAACUGAUAAGGAGCCAUCUCUUUCUAAGAAGAGUAAGCAUGUGGUCUAUGGAUGGGUUGUCUGGUUUAAUCCAUUGACUUGGUAGUGGAUAUACACCUUUGGCACGUUUGUGGUGGCCAAAGGGUAUGGAGAACAGUGAUGCAUGUCACUCUUUGCUAUAUUAAAAUAAAUAAAUAAAUACUAGUAAAAUAAGAGAAAAAAGCCAAUCAUGGCUAAAAAAAAGAAAUUAGAGUUGUAAGACUUGCGAUGUGAAGACUUUGCCAUGACUGGUAAACAAUGAAUCGGAUGGUUGGGUCUAUGGAGCCCCUUACGCUCAUUUGAGUACACCAUGUCACUUCAUGGCAUGACUAGCUGACUGACUGUCCGUCAUGGAUCAUGUACCUUCCAGGCCACAUGUCUAAGGAUGCAUACUUAUUGAAAGAGGAUCGGGUGCUAUAUGAUCGGUUGAUCAAUGCAAGUAUCUCAAGCCUUAUGUCCUUUUUUCUUUGAGGCAAGGGGUAUCAACGGGUUCAAAGUUAACCAACCAUCCUCAUGGUAGGCAUGACAUGACACCCUCUUUGUGGACAGAGCUUGCAUAGCUAGCAUGACACGGAGGGCAUGUUGUGAUAGAAUAGUGGAGGCAGUUAUUGAUUUUGGCCUUUUAAUUAUCAAAGCCAAUGAUAAUUACGGUUGGAUAUGUUGCAGGGGUGGUUUAGUGCAUUUUGGUUUUUAUUAUUGAAACCAACGAGCAAUUUUUUUUAGUGGUGUAGUUGACGUUAACUACUUAGUCCAUAAUCCUUAUACACUAAGUAGUUGGGGGCAUUUGUUUACCACUAAAAAAUCACUCAAUACCACAUUGAUUAUUUUCAAAGAGUGGUAGUGAUUUAUAAGGUCAACUUAACCAUAUUAAUUAAAUUGGUUUAACCUGGGCCUAAAUGAUGGUAUUUUGAGCUUCAUACCAGGUUCCUCAACACACACCACUUGACCCACCAAAUACCCACCCAUCACGCAAGGGGGGUCAAGUGCCAAGCAUUGACACCCUUCAACAUCAACCACCCAAGUCGUGGAGACCCAACCACAAGGGGGGUCACCGCGAGCUAGUUGUGGUGGCAAAGAGAGACAAAAUUUGGCUAAGUGUUGAGACCCAUAGCACAAGGGGGGUCAUACAUGACAUCAUCCCAGGGGGGUCAAGCACUAUGCCAUCUACCUACCUUGCACCAGGGGGGUUAUGCAUGUCAUCGUCCAAGGGGGUCAUGCAUGAUACCAUCCAAGGUGAGUCGAGUAUGACGAGAAGCAAGGGGGUCUAGCCGCCUACUGGGUAUCAAUCAUGUUGGCAAUGGAAGAAGCGCAACGCGAGUCCCUAGACCAUUGUGGUGAAGAAAGCCAAAAUUCGGCUAAGUAUGGAGAUCCAACCGUCCAAGGGGGUCAAGCACCGGAUACCACACCCUAGGGUGUCAAGAUUGACGCCACCCCAAGUGGGUCAGUGCGGAUCCAUCGAACCCCCAAGCACCCUGGUGUCGAGCAUGACAUCAUGUCAAGGUGGUUAGCACGAGUACCACCAAGCGUGAAGCCUUCACUCACCAAACAAGAUACCUCCAUGGCACAAGGUGUUAGCUAUCAAGUGGCAAGCAAGCAAGACAGUCAAGGCGUCAAGCAAGCUACAUCAAACACCAAGCAAUGGAGCAGCGGUUACCAAGAGGCGGUUGCAGGACGGUUACAAGGGAUGACUAUAAAUAGCAGAAAAGAAG